UCAUAUUCUGAGAGCAAACCACCUGACCAUAGCAAACUGAGCUUCUUUUGUAGUCUUUCUUAUUGGUAGUCUCACUGGGUGACCGUUCGCCCGCCAACCAACCAUGUCGUUCGCUACUCACUUUCGUGACAAUCUAGUCGAGUCCGCGAGCGAGUUGCGCCGGUGGGGUCGCAGGAGCACCUCACGUGCGUCAAGGCGUGGGAGGCGCGCACUCGCGGCCGCCGGCGCCAAGCUCCAGACCCUGCCGCGCCAGACGGCGUCCUACAUUGGCGACUCGACAAUGUUCUACGUGCGAAACCCGGCGACGCUGCGGAAGGAGCUGCUGUCUGGGCUGACGGUCAGCGUCCUCCAGGUGCCCGAAAGCAUCUCGUUCUCCUUCCUCGCAGGCAUCAGUCCGAGGGUCGGUUUUAUAUCUACAAUGACGCUGGGAUUUCUGGACGGACUUCUGGGUGGGCAGCCAGCGACAAUCACGGGCGCUGCGGGUGCGCUCGCCGUCGUUCAGAUGCGCUACACUGCUGCCGGCGGCAUCUGGGAAGACUAUCCCGAGGCAGAGCGACUUGGCAUGCUGUUCAUGAUGGUCAUCAUGUGUGGCGUAUUCCAGCUCCUGGUGGGGUUGACCGGCCUGGCGAAGUUCUUCAAGCUGGUCCCGGCGAGCGCCAUGAUUGGAUUUCUGAACGGAUUGGCCAUCAACCUCUUCCGUGCACAGCUCGACGUCUUUCAUUCGUGCCAGCUUCCAACAUACGAAGAGUGCGCGCGACGACAAGAGUACGGCUGGAUGAGCCUGAGCGACGCCGCGACCUGGCUUGUCAUUUUGGAGAUUGUCAUCUCUGUCGUCAUCGUGGUGCUCUUUCCCCGCGUGCCGCGUCUCGGUCGCCUCGUGCCCAGCACCCUCAUUUCGUUAGUUGUCGUCACCUUCUUUGAGCAUAUCAUCAACCGCACUCUCAUCGGCUUGCCGGUCCGGACGGUUGGCGAAACUGCCUCCGUCGCUGGGGCCCUGCCUAUCUUUGCCCUGCCGACGCUAGGGUCAAACCCAGACUGGCAUAGCAUUGUACUGACGGGCUUUAUUCUGGCCGUGGUCGGCUUGAUGGAGUCUGUGCUUGCCGUGCACGCCGUUGCAGAGAUGCUUCACAUUCAGCCCACGCCGUGGCAAGCGACUCAAGAGUGUCUUGCCCAGGGCUUUGGCAAUGUGAUUUCUGGCCUGACGGGCGGCAUGGGCGGGUGUGCCAUGCUCGGACAGUGCUUUGCCAACAUUAACAAUGGCGCACGCGGUCGGCUUUCGUCCAUGACCUCGGGCAUCUUUAUGCUCAUCAUUGCGAACGGCUUGAGCUUUGCGAUUGAGCUGGUCCCUGUGGCGUGCCUGACUGGCGUCAUGUUUGUGCUUUUCGUCCACACCUUCCACUGGCCGACCUUUUCGCACCUCAUCCGGCUCCCAUGGGUCGAUUCUUUCUGCAUUGUGCUCGUCACCGUCCUUGCUGUUGUGAUGGACCUUGCCGUCGCCGUCGCAGCUGGCAUUGUCUGGUCUGCGCUGGUUUUGGCCAACAGCAACGGGAAGCUUAUUCGCGCUACGCCUGUCGUCGUCGAGCCCUCGACCGACCGUCACGCGUCGUCCAACGGGAAUCAUCCAUCUCAGGAAAGUGCAGCGCCCGAGUCCAAACUGAGCACUAGUCCCCAAACCACCGAGAUGCACCUUACCGCCUCCACUUCCACCACUUCUACCAACACCAUCAUCAAUGUCGCUGAAUCGCCGCAACAAAACCCCAGCUCCAGCGAAGAAGUGCGAGUGUACGCAAUCUCGGGACCCUUGUUUUUUGGAUCCACCCAAGCUUUUAAUUCGCUCUUCAACAUUGCCAGCGACCCAGCGACCGUGGUGCUAGACUUUUCCGCAUCACUUGUUUGUGACUUUUCAGGCGUCAACGCCAUCCAUUCGCUGGCCAAGCGGUAUCGACAUGCCGGGAAACGACUGAUCUUGCGAGGCUUUAAUGAGGCUUCCCGACAACAGUUGAGACGGUCCAAGCGAAUGCUCAAGCGGAUGGUCGAGAUAGAACCACUGGAAUGGGAUCAGGACGAUACGGUUUCCAUGACUUCGCUCGAAGUGUCGCCUGCCGAUCGCACAACUGUUCGCGCUCGACCACACCACAAUCCACACCACAAUCCGCACCACAAUCCACAGCACAUUUCCGAUUUAGAACUUCUCAACCCGACUGUGAUCGAGGAUUCGUCCAGUGAUUCCGACACCAGCGACGAUGAAGCGUCGCCCGAGGAGGACGGUCAGAUUGAGCUCACUGACAGCUUUUCCAACCCCCAAAUUCGGGUUGUCUCUGAGUGAUUCUACGAUGCAUCCAAUCCUCCGUGCAACUCUUUACUGUCCGUCCGCUGUCAUCCGUGACAACUCAAAACCUCUUGUACAUUAAAACAGAAGCACCCAUUUCGGGCAUUAAAGAGCUAGCAACGACUUGCC